AUGGGGCCAGACACACAGACAGACACGCUGGGAUGGGCCAGACGCACAGACAGACACGCUGGGAUGGGGCCAGACGCACAGACAGACACGCUGGUGAUGGGGCCAGACGCACAGACAGACACGCUGCUGGAUGGGGCCAGACCACAGACAGACACGCUGGUGGAUGGGGCCAGACCACAGACAGACACGCUGUGGAUGGGGCCAGACACACAGACAGACACGCUGCUGGAUGGGCCAGACACACAGACAGACACGCUGGUGGAUGGGGCCAGACACACAGACAGACACGCUGCUGGAUGGGGCCAGACGCACAGACAGACACGCUGGUGGAUGGGGCCAGACGCACAGACAGACACGCUGGUGGAUGGGGCCAGACACACAGACAGACACGCUGGUGAUGGGGCCAGACGCACAGACAGACACGCUGGUGGAUGGGGCCAGACGCACAGACAGACACGCUGCUGGAUGUGAAAGUGUGUGUGUGACUGGCUUGUUUGGGGUCAUAACGUCUGGAAGAGCAGAGCAACACAGGUUGCAUGUCUCUGAGGAAUGAGGGAUGGAAGGAGGGAGGGAGGAAUGGAGGGAUGGAUGGAUGGAUGGAGGGAGGGAUGGAUGGAUGGAGGGAGGAAUGGAUGGAGGGAGGGAGGGAGGAAUGGAUGGAGGGAGGAAUGAAUGAAUGAGGAAUGGAGGGAGGGAGGAAUGAGGGAUGGAGGGAGGGAGGGAGGGAGGGAGGAAUGGAUGGAGGGAGGGAGGAAUGAGGGAGGGAGGGAGGAAUGGAUGGAGGGAGGGAGGAAUGAAGGAUGGAGGGAGGGAGGGAGGGAGGAAUGAAGGAUGGAUGGAGGGUCUUGCCAUAUAUUUUCAAGCAGAUUUAAGUCAAAACUGUAACUAGGCCACUCAGGAAUAUUCAAUGUCGUCAUGGUAAGCAACUCCAGUCUAUAUUUGGCCUUGUGUUUUAGGUUAUUGACCUGCUGUAAGGUGAAUUUGUCUCCCGGUGUCUGUUGGAAAGCAGACUGAACCAGGUUUUCCUCUAGGAUUUUGCCUGUGCUAAGUUCUAUUCUGUUUAUUUUUAUCCUAAAAAACUCCCUAGUCCUUGCCGCUGACAAGCAUACCCAUAACAUGAUGCAGCCACCACCAUGCUUGAAAAUAUGAAGUGGUACUCAGUGUUGUGUUGGAUUUGCCCCAAACAUAACACUUCGUGUUGAGGACAUAAAGUUUAUUUCUUUGCCACAAGACAUUUCAGCUUUUCAUUUUUUAUUAAUUUCUAAACAUUUCUAAAAACAUGAUUCUACUUUAACAUUAUGGGGUAUUGUGUGUAGGCCAGUGGCACAACAUCUCAAUUUAAUCCAUUUUAAAUUCUGGCUGUAACACAAAAAAAUGUGGAACGGGUGUGAAUACUUUCUGAAGGCACUGUAUGUGCUUAUGUGCAAAAGUACAGUACCAGUCAAAAGUUUGGACACACCUACUCAUUCAAGGGUUUUUCUGUAUUUUUACUAUUUUUUACAUUGUAGAAUAGUAGUGAAGACAUCACAAACUAUGGAAAUAACACAUAUGGAAUCAUGUAGUAACAGAAAAAGUGUUAAACAAAUCAAAAUAUAUUUUACCCUUUGUCUUGAUGACAGCUUUGCACACGCUUGGCAUUCUCUCAACCAGCUUCAUGAGGUAGGCACCUGGAAUGCAUUUCAAUGAACAGGUGUGCCUUCUUAAAAGUUAAUUUGUGUGGUGACAAGGUAGGGGGGGUGGUAUACAGAAGAUAGCCCUAUUUGCUAAAAGACCAAGUCCAUAUUAUGGCAAGAACAGCUCAAAUAAGCAAAGAGAAACGACAGUCCAUCAUGACUGUAAGACAUGAAGGUCAGUCAAUACGGAAAAUGUCAAGAACAUUGAACGUUUCUUCAAGUGCAGUUGCAAAAACCAUCAAGCGCUAUGAUGAAACUGGCUCUCAUGAGGACCGCCACAGGAAUGGAAGACCCAGAGUUACCUCUGCUGCAGAGGAUAAGUUCAUUAGAGUUACCAGCCUCAGAAAUCGCAGCCCAAAUAAAUGCUUCACAGAGUUCAAGUCACAGACACAUCUCAACGUCAACUGUUCAGCGGGGACUGUGUGAAUCAGGCCUUCAUGGUCGAAUUACUGCAAAGAAACCACUACUAAAGGACACUAAUAAGAAGAAGAGACCUGCUUGGGCCAAGAAACACGAGCAAUGGGCAUUAGACCGGUGGAAAGUUGUCCUUUUGGUCUGGAGUCCAAAUUGGAGAUUUUUGGUUCCAACCGCCGUGUCUUUGUGAGAUGCGGUGUGGGUGAACGGAUGAUCUCCACAUGUGUGGUUCCCACCGUAAAGCAUGGCGGAGGAGGUGUUAUGGUGUGGAGGUGCUUUGCUGGUGACACUGUCUGUGAUUUAUUUAGAAUUCAAGGCACACUUAACCAGCAUGGCUACCACAGCAUUCUGCAGCGAUACGCCAUCCCAUCUGGUAUGGACUUAUUGGGACUAUCAUUUGUUUUUCAACAGGACAAUGACCCAACACACCAGGCUGUGUAAGGGCUUUUUUACCAAGAAGGAGAGUGAUGGAGUGCUGCAUCAGAUGACCUGGCCUCCACAAUCCCCCGACCUCAACCAAAUUGAGAUGGUUUGGGAUGAGUCGGACGGCAGAGUGAAGGAAAAGCAGCCAACAAGUGCUCAGCAUAUGUGGGAUCUCAUUCAAGACUGUUGGAAAAGCAUUCCAGGUGAAGCAUGCCAAGAUUGUGCAAAGCUGUCAUCAAGGCAAAGGGUGGCUAUUUGAAGAAUCUCAAAUAUAAAAUGUAUUUUGAUUUUUUUAAUUUUUUUUUUGUUACUACAUGAUUCCAUAUGUGUUAUUUCAUAGUUGUGAGUGUAGAAAAUAGUAAAAAUAAAGAAAAACCCUUGAAUAAUUAGGUGUGUCCAAACCUUUGACUGGUACUGUAUGUGGACACCUGCUCGUUGAACAUCUCAUUCCAAAAUCAUGGGCAUUAAUAUGGAGUUGGUCCCCCCUUUGCUUCUAUAACAGCCUCCACUCUUCUGGGAAGGCUUUCCACUAGAUGUUGGAACAUUGCUGCGGGGACUUGCUUCCAUUCAGCCUUGAGCAUUAGUGAGGUCAGGCACUGAUGUUGGCCGAUUAGGCCUGGCUCGCAGUCGGCGUUCCAAUUCAUCCCAAAGGUGUUCGAUGGGGUUGAGGUCAGGGCUCUGUGGAGGCCAGUCAAGUUCUUCCACAACGAUCUUGACAAACCAUUUUUGUAUGGACCUCGCUUUGUGUACGGGGGCAUUGUCAUGCUGAAACAGGAAAGGGCCUUCCCCAAACUGUUGCCACAAAGUUGGAAGCACAGAAGCAUUGUGGUCCUAUGUAGCUCAGCUGGUAGAGCACGGCGCUUGUAACGCCAAGGUAGUGGGUUCGAUCCCCGGGACCACCCAUACACAAAAAUAUAUGCACGCAUGACUAUAAGUCGCUUUGGAUAAAAGCGUCUGCUAAAUGGCAUAUUAUUAUUAUUAUUAUUAUUAUUAUCUAGAAUGUCAUUGUAUGCUGUAGCGUUAAGAUUUCCCUUCACUAGAACUAAGGGGCCUAGCUCGAACCAUGAAAAACAGUCCCUAGACCAUUAUUCCUCCUCCACCAAACUUUACAGUUGGCACUAUGCAUUCGGGCAGGUAGCGUUCUCCUGGCAUCAGCCAAACCCAGAUUCGUCCGUCGGACUGCCAUAUGGUGAAGUGUGAUUCAUCACUCCAGAGAACGUAUUUCCACUGCUCCAGAGUCCAAUGGCGGCGAGCUUUACACCACUCCAGCCGACGCUUGGCAUUGGGCAUGGUGAUCUUAGGCUUGUGUGUGGCUGCUCGGCCAUGGAAACACAUUCUGUGAGCUUGUGUGUGGUCCCGUUCUGUGAGCUUGUGUGGUCUACCACUUCGUGGCUGAGCCGUUGUUGCGCCUAGACAUUUCCACUUCACAAUAACCGCACUUACUGUUGACCGGGGCAGCUCUAGCAGGGCAGAAAUUUGACUAACUGUCUUUUUGGAAAGGUAGCAUCCUAUGAUGUUGCCACGUUGAAAGUCACUGAGCUGUUCAGUAAGGCCAUUCUACUGGCAAUGUUUGUCUAUGGAGAUUGCAUGGCUGUGUGCUCGGAUUUUAUACACCUGUCAGCAGCGUGUGUGGCUGAAAUAGCCAAAUCCACUAAUUUGAAGGGGUGUCCACAUACUUUGGUGUAUAUAUAGUGUGUUGAUAGUGCUUGUAUGUUGACCAAUAAAACAAAUGUAUGUUGCUUUUCUGUCUUGUCUUUCAGGGGGAAGUGUAACAUCGCCCAUUUCUCCGACAUCUUUGCUGCCAGGGAGUUCAAAGCUCGCAUCGACUCCUUUUUCUACAUCCUGGGAUACAACCCAGAGACCAGGUAAGACUGUCUGACUAUUUGUUCUGAUACAACCCAGAGACCAGGUAGGACUGUCUGACUAUUUGUUCUGAUACAACCCAGAGACCAGGUAGGACUGUCUGACUAUUUGUUCUGAUACAACCCAGAGACCAGGUAGGACUGUCUGACUAUGGGUUCUGAUACAACCCAGAGACCAGGUAGGACUGUCUGACUAUGGGUUCUGAUACAACCCAGAGACCAGGUAGGACUGUCUGACUAUGGGUUCUGAUACAACCCAGAGACCAGGUAGGACUGUCUGACUAUGGGUUCUGAUACAACCCAGAGACCAGGUAGGACUGUCUGACUAUUGGUUCUACUGCUGGUCUUUUCCUCUCUUUGUCUUGUGAGACUCCGUUGGUAAGAGUGUGACUAAUAACGCCAUGGUUGUGGACUUAAAAGCCAGAUGUAGCAGUUUGUAUAUCAAUAUCAAAUCAUUUCUGGGUAACAAUUAUGUACCUUUUCAGGGGGGAAACUAUUUCUCAAGCAAGAAUGUUGCUAGCACUUUCUGGGAGGGGUCUGAGUGCGGAGGGGAAAACUGAAAACUAGCUGUUAUUGGCAGAGAGGUUUGGAACUCUUAUAGUCAUUGGUCUAUGUUGGAUAAAAAAAUGUCACAACAGGCCCAAUUGAAACAGCAAAUUUGUCUGUAAACUUUCCACAUGUCGAAAAAGCAAAAUACACUAGACGAGGUGGGAUCUUUUUUGUGUCUGUAAAAUUAACGCUUUUAUGUGCAAAUAUUGAUAUAAUAACCAUCAUAUCAAAGUAAACUUGGAGUCAGGCAAUGACAUGUUGUGUGGUCCUCCCACUACGACUCAGGAAUUUAAUUGAAUUGAAUUUAUUUUGGGUAACAGACAUACACAACAAAAUGUGCAAUGUGGACCCAGAGAGGAUAUCACUUGAAAGUAUUAAUUAAAACGCUUGUUUCCAAAGUGGUCCUUUGCAGUUUAUUAGGUUACAGAUGAAAUAUCUUAUGAUUAACUUUACAGGGUGGUGAAGUGCACGGUGAUAUUGAUGCUCCUUUCCAGUAGAUAUCGAGGGUCUUAUUCUGGUGACAUGAUGAUCAAAGAGAAAUAUUCUCACUUUUAUCCAUAAUAAAAAUUGUGAUUAAUUUGUAAAAUUACAAAAAGGUUAACUGAUUAACUGACAGCCCCUACUCUGUCAACUUAUCUGGUAAAAUAAGUGUAAAAUAAAUAACACAUGCAUAAAACCACCAAAGGCCAUAGAUCAGGGAUCAUCAACUAGAUUCUGACUCGGGACGAUGUUUAAUUCUUCAGCGGACAUUUGCAUACGAUCGCAUCGUAUUAUUCGUGGGAAUACUUGGGAACGGAUUUCCUAAAUUUAAAAUCGCUUGGAGCUGGAAUGUUCUAUGUCCAACAAUGAAAAUUGUCAAGAAUUUUAUAUAUAUAUAUAUAUAUUAAAAAUUAAACCACCCGUGUGCCAAAUUCGGCCCGCGUGCCGCCAUUUGGGAUCCCUGUCAUAGACACUUUGUGUGUGUAUAGAGCUCCUGCUAACUCUGCUGUUAACCUAGUAUGGCUCCUGGCACUAUAAUGAUUACAGCUAAAACGCUAUAUGAUGCUGAGUGCAAAAUAAACCCCAAGGUCUUAAAUCUGUAAACAAAAUGUUAUUUAUGGCUGCUAUUUUGGUAUUUAUCAGGAUCCCCAUUAGCCGCUGAAAAAGCCUCAGCUACUCUUCCUGGGGUCCACAUGAAACAUGACUUAAUACAUAGUACAGAACAUUUAUUAGUCAAGGACUGAAAUACAUACAUUUUAAAAUGUCACACAUAGCCUACAUAUCAUGUUAUAUUAAUGCCAGAUAUAAAAACGGCCAUUAGCAUGAUCAAGGAUAGAUUUAGGAUAUUUUUCAUAUAGUAUAAGAUAUCCUUAUAAAAAGGUGAAUGUUACGUUAUUUGCCAUUAAACAUGAUUAUUAUGGUGAUGGAUGUUACAAUGACCUAACUUUUGAAGAUAUUUCCAUAUAGUUCACUGCAGGGACAAAAUAGCAGCGUGAUUUAAAUGUUAUGGUAAUAACAUGGUAAUAUUCUGGUAAUAUUCAAACCACAACACAACCUGCCCCCUUUCAUGUUAUGAAUAACACAGCUUGUGAUCAAACUUAACAUUUACUAGGAAUGAACUCUUCCUGGAAAUGCUUUGGCCUAAUAUCUCGAAAGGAGUCAUGAAUUGUUCAUGUAGCUUAAUCCCUUAAGAGGCUCAGUUUUUUGGUGUCGGGACUUAAAUCUUUUCAUAUCAUACUGACAUUUACUUUAGCCCGUAAGGUCAGUGUCAUGCACUGUAACCACACACUAUUUAACAUUCACAGAGGACAUCAUCCUGAAGUUCACGAUUGACACUUUAAAAUCAUUGUAGUUUUAUACCUGAACCAAAAGGAACUGCCAGCCCUACAUAUUAAAUACAGCAGUCAUGUACUUCUAUCUGAGAGUGGAUGUAUGAAACGCUGUUGAAUUAAAAAAUAUAUAUAGAAGUGCCAUUGUUUUGUAGUUUAUUUGAGGGCUGUAAUCAUGCACUUGGGGCAGGCAGACACCCUGUAGUUACACUGUAUCUAUGAAACAAUAUACAGUAUUUACCCGUAAUUUUAGCUACACUGUAACAAUGUAUCCACACUGUAGCCUAGUAGCACUUUAUCACUAGUGGGCUCCUUGACGUGUUGGAAAUCAGGAGUUACAGUGUAGCAACUGCAUGGCUGGACGUAAAAUAGACAUCCUCGUCGGUCGCUGUGCUGCCUCCCUAUUUCGUACCACCACUGUUGUUAGUCUGUAACCCCCUAGUUCAGAGCCAGGGCCCCAGUCUACCCUGCCCCUCCCUCUCCCUCUCCUCCCCGGCUCCUCUUGUUUGGUAUGCGGAGCGCUGUGUCAGUUGUCUGCAGCCUCUCGUUAAAUUCCAAUGGCCUUGUUUAUUAUAAGACCAGACAUACGUUCGAGAGGGGAGCUGGAUUCCGGAUCCUGCCUGCGCGCGCGCGCGCGUGCGUGUGUAAAUUGUUAGCGCAUGCUCAGUUGGGUGUGUGGUAGAAACGGGAGCUCGAGCUGGGCUACGCUGUGAGGUCACAGUGGAAAACCGUCUCCGAGGCUCCACCAAGCGCUUUGCGUGCUCCUCCAUUUUGAGCACCUGGCAAAUAGGUGGGAAGGAAUAGAGUGAGUUGAUUGACAACGACCACUACAGUUCUAGACAAACUGUCAACAUCCCGACCGUUAGAGAUCGGUGUCAGAAAUGGACGACUUGUUCGCCCCGCGGAGGUAGGUUGAUAAAUAUAUUAACAUGUUACUGUUUAAUUUCGCAAGUAGUUUUCUGAGACCAGUCUGGGUAGUCGCGACUCGCAUUCCAUCUGUCUAGUAGUGUAGCAAAUGUGUUUACUGAAUGAAUUUCUUUUAUACACCGAGUGGCAUUUGUCACAGAUAUCAUAAGAAUAUGCAUAUCUGAUCAUAGUUUAAUUUAUCGGUUACUAUCCUUGCACGGUGCAAAUCCCUGCCAGUCUUACCUUGCGUAAAGGUAAAUCGCGAGCCGAACGUGCUAGGUUGUAACAAUUUGGCAUAAGUAACGGCAUAUGAAGGCGAAGCACUACCUUUCGUAACCCAUAUGAUGAGCAAGCUAACUUUUUCUCCUUUAUUUUUGUUGCCUUAGGAGAAAUAAGAACAGAAGCAAGUCUUGUGCGGACUCCAUUUUGCAGUACCCUACUCUCUCUCUCUCUCUGUGUGUGUUCUCGUGUUUACAAUCGAGCCGACAUGGCAGCCCUGAGAAGCAUUGUUAGCUCUCCCGCUGCUUGACAAAUAUAAUCAUGUCAAAGAAGGAGCGCUGUAGGUGCUCAGGAGACUGAGUGUGGUUCAUUAGAAAAGGUGACUAUUUUUGUAAUAUUAUGACAGCGUUACAGUCGUGCAAGGAUUGGACGGAAUUGAUGGAAGGGGCGGGGUUUGCCUUGAUGCUGUGGUGGACGGUAAAGUUACACCAUGCUGGAUCAGGACUGUCUUGUUAUUGUUUUGGUUCAGAAAGUAAAGAAUACAAUAAUACAGAAGAAUAAUACAAAGAUGCUUGUUUGGUCUUGCAUAUGUCAUUUUCUAUUUUAGACGACAUUAAAUAUGUUGAGCACAAUUCCUGUUGUAAGGACUUGGCUAUAGAAGUUUCACUGACUCUUACAAUACAAAAAAUACACAGAUUUGAAACAGUGUUACAAGACUGUUGGAUAGCUACAUUUUAAUAUUUCUCCAUAUUCAGGGUCAGGUAUAAUAAUAUGAUGACAUUUAAAAUAUUAUCAGAUAUUACUUUCCUAGAAUAUUACUCGUGACGACGUGCAUAAGGAAAUGUACCCCCCAAUCCCUUACAUAUUUUUCAUAAAUGGAUUGAUAAAUAAAUGGGUUCUUUUUAAAGAAGUGUAGACUUUUCAACUCAUUGAUUCCUCCCUUCUCCAAACAUAACAUUUAUAGAAUUCAACUAAACAUAUAUUGUCUAAUAGCAAAGUAAUGAUGGUUCAUUGGUACCUCACCUGCCUUCCUUACUCUGUCCUUGUCAGACUACCUAGUAACCCAGUGUGUGUGGGGGAUUUGGUACCUCACCUGUUCAUCUCACUUUGUCUUUUUCCCUGGUCUUACACUAAUGGUGAUGAUGUUUUCAUGCUGUUUCACACCUCUAAUACAAGGCUGUUGGUAUGUAUUUAUAUUGUAUGGCCUGGUUGAUUUCUUCAAACGAUUAACCACUACAUUUAAGGGAUAAUCAACGAGGGGCUAUGCGUUCUAUGGAAAAGAACAAACGACGUGGAAGGUGUGUCGCACGGAGUUGCGUUAUUUUCCGGAGAACGCAUAGCGCUCCGAGUUGAUUAUCCCUUUUCAUACCAUGGCUAUGAUUUUAACACGCUUGUCGCUCGAAAUGUGUUCAACAUCCACUGAAGUAGCUAGCAAGUUUACUAGAAUAGCUACAGUAGUUGCCUUGGUAACCAAACAUACUUGCCUUUUUGCUAACCAAACCAUCAGUCCUAGCUUGCUAUUAUGAAAAAAUCGAAUUCAACAAUGCCAAUAAUGUUUUAAAUAGGACUUUUGCUUUCAAAAGCAGCUCAAACAUAGAACUUGUACGAAUGAACUAUAGCCAUUGAAUUCUACCAUGCUGAUUGACCGUGCGUUAUAGGGAAAUAAUGCACACUCUAGAAUGCCUUUCAAGCCAACCAGAAACGAGGACUCAACAAUGCUAUGGUAUCCACCUCAUUUUCAAUGGGCACAGCCAAACUACGGAGGUAAUGGAUUCAACUUCCACACUGCAGUGCGCUGGUGGCAAACUUGCCAAAGUCAAUUAUUUGAAGGAGUCAAUUUAUAGAAUAUUCAAGUAAGUAGGUGUGAUUUUAUAUUUAUUUAAUUCAAGUUUGCUAACGUUAGCUAGACCUACUGGUAGGCUAGUUCUGUUGUGAUAAUACUGUUCAUUGUGUCAGAGUUAAGGGCCAUCCACCAAACCAAUAACUAUAACAAUAUCUACAGUCCAUUCGGAAAGUAUUCAGACCCCUUGACUUUUUCCACAUUUUGUUACGUUACAGCCUUAUUCUAAAAUUGAUUUAAAAAAUAAAAAAAUCCCCUCAUCGAUCUACACACAAUACCCCAUAAUGACAAAGCAAAACAGGUUUUUAGAAAUGUAAAAAAUAAAUAACUGAAAUAUCACGUUUACAUAAGACACCCAAACGAGGGCAUUGCGUUCUUCCACCUCUGGCCUGCUAGCUCCCCUACCUCUGCGGAAGCACAGUUCCCGCUCAGCCCAGUCAAAACUGUUCGCUGCUCUGGCACCCCAAUGGUGGAACAAGCUCCCUCACGACGCCAGGACAGCGGAGUCACUGACCACCUUCCGGAGACACUUGAAACCCCACCUCUUUAAGGAAUACCUGGGAUAGUAUAAAAGUAAUCAUUCUACACCCCCCUACCCCCCCCCCCCCCCCCCCCCAAACAUUUUUUUUAUAUAUUAAAUAAAAAAAAACGAUAUAUAUAUAUAUAUAUAUAUAUAUAUAUAUAUAUAAAACAAAUGAAAAGUAAAAAUUAACAAGUUAGAAAAAAAGGAAUAAAUUAACAACAAAAAAAUAUUGUGAAGUGGUUGACCCACUGGCUAUCAUAAGGUGAAUGCACCAAUUUGUAAGUCGCUCUGGAUAAGAGCGUCUGCUAAAUGAUGUAAAUGUAUUCAGACCCUUUACUCAGUACUUUGUUGAAGCAACUUUGGCAGGGAUUACAGACUCGAGUCUUCUUGGGUAUGAUGCUACAAGCUUGGCACACCUGUAUUUGGGGAGUUUCUCCCAUUUUUCUCUGCAGAUCCUCUCAAGCUCUGUCAGGUUGGAUGGGGAGCGUCGCUGCACAGCUAUUUUCAGGUCUCUCCAGAGAUGUUUGAUCGGGUUCAAGUCCGGGCUCUGGCUGGGCCACUCAAGGACAUUCAGAGACUUGUCCCGAAGCCACUCCUGUGUUUGUCUUGGCUGUGUGAUUAGGGUCAUUGUCCUGUUGGAAGGUGAAUCUUCGCCCCAGCCUGAGGUGCUGAGCACUCUGGAGCAGGUUUUCAUCAAGGAUCUCUCUGUACUUUGCUCCAUUCAUCUUUCCCUCGAUCCUGACUAGUCUCCCAGUCCCUGCCACUGAAAAACAUCCCCACAGCAUGAUGCUGCCACCAUGCUUCACCGUAGGGAUGGUGCCAGAUACUGGUUCAGACCAUGAGGUCUCUAACCACACAUAUACUGGUUUAGACCAUUCAUGAGGCCAGGUUUCCUCCAGACGUGACGCUUGGCAUUCAGGCCAAAUAGUUGAAUCUUGGUUUCAUCAGACCAAAUAAUCUUGUUUCUCAUGGUCUGAGAGUCCUUUAGGUGCCUUUUGGCAAACUCCAAGCGGGCUGUCAUGUGCCUUUUACUGAGGAGUGGCUUCCGUCUGGCCACUCUACCAUAAAGGCCUGAUUGGUGGAGUGCUGCAGAGAUGGUUGUCCCUCUGGAAGGUUCUCCCAUCUCCACAGAGGAACGCUGGAGCGCUGAGUGACCAUUGGGUUUUUGGUCACCUCCCUGACCAAGGCCCUUCUCCCCCGAUUGCUCAGUUUGGCCGGGUGGCCAACUCUAGGAAGAGUCUUGGUGGUUCCAAACUUCUUCCAUUGAAGAAUGAUGGAGGCCACUAUGUUCUUGGGGACCUUCAAUGCUGCAGACAUUUUUUGGUACCUUUCCCCAGAUCUGUGCCUCGACACAAUCCUGUCUCGGAGCUCUACGGACAAUUCCAUCAACCUCAUGGCUUGGUUUUGCUCUGACAUGCAAUGUCAACUGUGGGACCUUAUAUAGACAGGUGUGAGCCUUUCCAAAUCAUGUCUAAUCAAUUGAAUUUACCACAGAUGGACUCCAAUCAAGUUGUAGAAACAUCUCAAGGAUGAUCAAUGGAAACAGGAUGCACCUGAGCUCAAUUUCGAGUCUCAUAGCAAAGGGUAUGAAUACUUAUGUAAAUAAGGUUAUUCAUGUUUUUUUUUAAUAUAUUUGUAAAAAUUUCUAAAAACCUGUUUUCACUUUGUCAUUAUGGGGUAUUGUGUGUAGAUUGAUAAGGGAAAAUUUUUAUUUAAAUACAUUUUAGAAUAAGGCUGUAACGUAACAAAUGUGGAAAAAGGGAAUGGGUCUGAAUACUUUCCCAAUGCACUGUAUAAUGAUAAACUAUAGGCUACAUAACUAUAAAACAUUGGUGAGCAUCCACACUAGAGGAAAGUUUAUCGUUCUACUGUCCUACCCCCGUCAAUCAACUGAUCAACGCAUCCUACGGCACGCUACCUAUAAUCAUAAGGUGGUAACACAAGACCAUUCAUGAGGUCUCUAACCCACAGAUACUGGUUCAGACCAUUCAUGAGGUCCUAACCCACAGAUAUUGGUUCAGACCAUUCAUGAGGUCCUCUAACACAACAAUACUGGUUCAGACCAUUCAUGAUGUCUCCCCACAGAUACUGGUUCAUACCGUCAUGAGGUCUCUAACCCCAUAUACGGUUCAGACCAUUCAUGAGGUCUCUAACCCAACAGAUACUGGUUCAGACCAUCGAUGAGGGCUCUAACACCACAGAUACUGGGUGCCGACCAUUCAUGAGGUCUCUAACCCACAGAUACUGGUUCAGACCAUCAUGAAGGUCUCUAACCACAGAUACCUGGUCAAGACCAGGAGGUCUCUAACCCACAGAGACUGGUUCAGACCAUGAGGUCUCUAACCCACAGAGACUGGUUCAGACCAUGAGGUCUCUAACCCACAGAUACUGGUUCAGACCAUUCAGUGCUUUCAGGGUGUGUUCAUUGUCAUAGUGACAACUGCUAAUAAUACUUCAAUGUACAUGUAGGCCUGAUGAAAAAAAAUUAACUAACUCGUAUUUAAAUGUAGCAAUUCAACAACAAAUACUUUUUACUGAGUUACAGUUCACAUAAGGAAAUAAGGCAAUUGAAUAAAUUAAUUACGCCCUAAUCUAUGGAUUUCACAUGACUGGGCAAUGGGUGCAGCCAUAGGUGGGCCUGGGAGGGCAUAGGCCCACCUACCCACUGGGGAGCCAGGCCCAGCCCAUCAGAAUGAGUUUUUUCCCCACUAAAGGGCUUUAUUGCAGACAGAAAUACUCCUCAGCUUUUCCUGGGAUUUCCACGAGAAGAUGAAUGGCCUAUUGUGGAGAGGCUUGCAUGGCCUAUGACCUAGGGGUAGGAACCAUUUUCCUGGAGUUCCACAGGUACGGCAGGAUUUUGUUCCAAAUAGGCACCAGACCAGACCAAUUGAGCUAAUUGAUCAGUUCAAUGAUUGCUUAAAUUCAACACAUCUGGUCUUCCAGGUUGGUUAAAUCAAAAACAGGACCAGGGUUGACUACCCCUGCUAUAGCCUGCUGCUCACGGAUACAGCUGGAAGAGAGGGGCUAGUGAUGUGUAGCCGAAGUAAGAAGCUUAAACAUUAGCUAGAUGUUAGGCUAUUCAUUAGCUAAAUAUAAGGGCUAUAGGUUAAAUAUUUACCUGUCAAAGUGCAAGAAGAAGAAGAAAAAAAGAUUAUGAAACGGCAGAUCUGUGUGUUCCUUCAAGCUGCACUCUGUUGUCCCUGGGCACGCAAAGCUCCACUAUUGAUUAGGCCUAAGCCUACGUUUAUAGACAAGAACCUUAUUCUACCUGGGCUACAGAAACACAGUGCAAUGAGGAAUGUAUUAUUGUUAUCAAGUUGAAUACACAGUGAUUGUGCGUAGGCUGUAAACUGCAGUGAUGCAGGCUAAUUUGAAUAACCGCUCAAACGUCCUGUUUUUGUUUCAUGAUGAAAUGACUGCAUAGGCCAACAGUCUAGGCCUGAUUACGCAACAACCAUUUGAAUCAGUUUGCGUCUGUUCUCGACGAUUUAGAAGUUACAGAAAGGCACAUUAGCAUCCCACUCCAUACGGUGUAGGCCUGUUUUGUCAGGAUGUAGCCCGGUGUUAAGAUUGGCCUAUUGGAAAAUAUGGGCUUCUCCUUUCCAACUCCCCGCCCGUUCUUAAACUUUAACAUUCAGCAAGCAAGAGGAAGCGUGCAUCUCUCCUCCUAUUGGCUGUUAGGAGGCUAAAGAAAUAAGUCAAAAUAAGUGUCCAAACAGGCUUUUGUAGUCUGGCUUUUCCUGGGACUCCACAAGAUUGAAAAGGAGUAGCCGUGGCAGCGGAGAGACCAGGUGUGUUUAUUGCGCAACAGAACAAAGACAGACAGGGUUCAGAUGUAGCCUACAGCCUAAGUUAGAAGCCUUUGCAUAUUAGCCCAUAAUUCAAAAGCUCGAUGUUAGGCUUAAUGCUGCCGUGAACAUAUCCAGUCAAUUUACGCAGUGAGAGAUAACGAAAUCAUAGCCUACACUAUGCGCACUCCCGAGGAUGCGCCGAGUGCCCUCCUACUAGCUCGAAAAGCUACCCUAUCGUUUCAGUUUUUAUGGACAAGAAAUGUGUCCUACCUAGGCUACAACAAAACACAAUGUAAUGAAGAAUGUUAUGAUUGUUUUCAAGUGAGUACACAACUCUAGUCUCGGCUGUAAACUGCAGUGAAUAACCUGUCGUUUGAUUAACCUAGGACUGUCCCCCGACAAAAAAAAUAAUCUUGGUUGACAGAGAGUCGUCCUGUUUACUUAUUUUUCCAUAUAUAGACAGAGGCACCCAAUGUGUUUGAAUAAAAUCAACCACAUAUGCACUGAGCUUGUCUGAUAAUUUAAGCACGCUGUUUGAUUAAAUAAUUAAGACACACAAAUGCCUCAAGAAAGAGCACGAUGGUCACACUGUGUUACAAAACAAUCACAGCGAGAGCCUGAGUGACUGGCAAACGUUGGCUCGAUCUCCUCCCUACUGCAGUGAAAAGGCACCACAUCACAGCAAGUGUUUAUUGCGCUGUGCGUUUAAUGGCUGAAGCUGCAACAUAAUUUCAGCCGUUUUAGUUUCUUGCUUGUUUCUGACUGAAAAGUUAUUUUACCGAAAUCCCUAAUUUUGUUCAUGAAAAACAUUCCCUUUCCCCUCGACCCUUGCUCUAUUCACGUGAAACACGUAAGCAUCGCAUGCAUGUGACCCAUAGGGCCUGACCUCUAGCCUAUCAUAAUCACAUCAACAAAUUGGUUAUAACAAACUCCGAACACAGGAACAGCAAAAUGGAUUCGGAGGACGUGAAAAAUAAACUCGAAACGGGCGAAUGUUUACUGGUUGCUCGGGAGGGAAAGGGGAGGUCAGAUCGGUGGAAGACAUUUGACUUAGUUGUGGAAACUACUGGAUAUCAAGAAAAAGGAGGGUAUAGGAGCAAGCGUUGUCUGAGUAUUUAUGUGUGCCAAACAGUUGCUGUUAGAUUACAAUAUUAUUUUUUUCGGACCAUUUGGAACAGUGUAAACAAUACUAAAUAAAUAAAUGUACCAGAGAGUCUGUUCUAACGAGAAAACAAAAUAUAAAGCCUUUAUUACAGAAGACUAAAUACAGUUGCAUGCCUUCAUGAAUUGCGGUUUAUUUAUUGUUAAGAUUAAUUGUAGUUAGAGUAUGAAAGAAAAGAAAAUAGUAUGAAAAUGUAUGCACUCACUAACUGUAAGUCGCUCUGGAUAAGAGCGUCUGCUAAAUGACUAAAAUGUACAAAUGUAAAGCUCCCUUUUUAUUUAAUUUUAAAAACUAAAAUGCUUGAUUGCAUUUCAAAGCAUGAAUGUCUCGUAUGCUGUGUGAUGGCAUGAACAAAUUAAUGAUUGGUUGAUACAGUAGGCCAUAUGUGAGUCGUUUCAGGAAACUAGGCGUAUGUCGUGGGUCACUACUCCACAGGAGAGCCAUUUGAAUGUAACAUUUUUUUGAAUAAAAAUUCUUUUUUUGACAGAAAUGCCUUCUGGAACAUGUGAACUUUCAUGUGCCUUAAUAACAAACUUGUAUGCUAUCUGUAAAAUAGUUAAAUUAAAUUACGAGCAUAGUUGGUUAAGCCACAGAAAAAGACAGCAACACUCCCAUUAGCCGUGAUUGGCUGAGAUCAUUUUGACAAAGUGGUUUCAUUUCAAUUUAAAGUGUACUGUUAGCUAGUUAGCUAACGUUAGCUGGCUGGCUCGCUACCUAACGAUUCGUGUAUGAUCUAAUUAUUCGUAUCUGAGCCAUUUGCUUGCUAACAUUGAACAUGGUUGGUUUGCUACCUGCAGAUUCAUUCAGGGUAGUAACGUCAUGAGUUGGGAUUAUGGUUCAUUGUUUACCUAGUUAGCUUAGCUACAUGUCUUAACAAAAACUCCACUAUGCAAGUAACCAUUUCGGGUGUGUUUGUAAAUUCAGUCUGAGUAUGACAGAGCGCAGAUUAACUGAUGAAUUUACGAACGCACAACACCCGUUGAAUUUGGCCAGUGUCAGUAAACGUCGCCAGCAGCACAGUUAGUCACCAACGCUCUGGAUAACAUGAAAACAGCCGAACCAUCUCUGCUAGGGUGAGUAAAAUGGUCAAUGGGGUGUUCUCUCACUGAAGAGCUCUUCUUUGUCUACACCCAUUCAGCAUCGUUCACACCCUCUUAAGCUUUAGCCCCACCCAUCUCGUUUCGCUCUCUGGAGCAUUCAAUGUAAAAAAAAAACACAAUUUCAAAUGUUGUCAAGGCGGUCAGUCUACAUAUAUUGAAAUAUGGGCCUAAGUAAGUUACGGUAUUAAGACUAAACAGGACGUGCUCUUAGGCCUACAGCUCGAUGGUGGUUAUAAAAGGCUACUAUACAAAGCCUACUAAUGAUAACAACAUUACAUAUUAUUAUAGUGAUCAUAAUAAUAAUAAUAAUAAUAACAAUAAGAAGGAGAUCUAGAUAAAGGAGGGUCUAGGAGCGAGAGCUGCGUGCAUAUUAUGUGUGACAAACAGGUGCUGUUAGAUUACAAUAUAAUUGUUCUGCCUGUUUGGAACAGUGUAAACAACACUAAAUAAAUGUUAAGUAAUACCUGUCUGUUCUAAAAAAAUUAAAAUAAAUUGUAAAGCCUUUAUUACAACAUAACAAAGAUUGAAAACAGCCGAAUCUGUGAGAUUGCUUUAAUCCGACGUUUUGCCGUUGCAUGAGGCUUGGUACUCACUGAAUCAAACACUAAAACAGGCAACAGAAGCAAGAUCUGUCUUAUUUGUGUAGCUAUAUAUGGAUGAUUUUAUAAAGCCAGGCCCAUUUAACAGUUAGGCUAUUAAUUAUAGACCUAAUUAAGUUGGGGUUUCCUCUCUCCUCAAUUUUCUUAGACAAUUAGGCUAAAGGCAAGGGCUGUUUCCUCAUCUCUGCUGCUGCUGCCUCCGCCACAUUGUUCUCAAUCCCAAUAUACUUGUUAACUUUGCUAUAAUGCUCAUGGCAACAUAGGGAAAGGUGUCAAUUCUGCGGCACACUGAAGAUUGUUUCAGAACCGCGGGCAGCGAUCGUAUCCAAUGCGGGAGAAAACGCAUUUGUUAUAAAAAUAAUAUUAUAUUUAUUAGUGUUGCACCGUUUAUUUUUUUACAUAAUAUAAACAUAUACAAUUUCAGUAUCACGUGUCUUAGAGUGGCUGGACUGUGCCGUCCCCGUGGCCUCUGCAAUGGAUUAGUCCACUGAGACAGACGUGUAGCCUUCAGAGUGAUGGGGCCAGGCUUGUGGUUGGAUGGCUUUAAAGCUAGCACGGGGAACCUAGCAGUCUCAGGGUUUCAAGAAACCCAGUCCAGCCAGCCCUAGCCACAGCCAGCUCAAGUGAUGGAGAGUGAGAGAGCGUCUCGGCGUCGCAAAUCACUCUUUGACAGUUUCUGGGCCGCCUCAGCCCCGCAGCAACUAUCCGAUCUAGGGACUAUACCGUAUGAAAAUCUAAGCGCCGUUACCUAGGCAACGGAAGGGAAAGGAGAGGAUAGGGGGGGCUUUUGAAAAAAGGAACGUCUUGUCAUUUUCUUUAAUCCACUGCAGCUGGAGGGACAUUACUAUUAUUGUUAUUAUUAUUGUUAUUAUUAAAUUGCUAGGCAGUUGUUGCUAUGGUUACCAGCAUUUGUACAGCCAUUUGGCAGGCAGGCUCUAUUUCAAUGUAAUAGUGUGUAUACCCCCCCCCCCUCCUGUAAGUGGGAUGCUGUUUUGUUUGUUGCUGAAUGUGUCUAUAAUAUCAGCGUUAAGAGGUGUUUCACACAUUUUAUUGCAAAAAAAUAUCCUAGAGAAAACACGUUCUCUUUGUGUACAGAAGCAUCUCUUCCAUAGAAAAAUACAUCUAAAUCUUGAAAUAUACAUUGCAACAAAAUCUGCAAUAUGCCUUUUAAAGCUACGAUAUGUAACUUUGUGGGCGACCGGACCAAAUUCCCAUAGAAAUGUGAGUUAUAGAGCUUUACUUUCCCGCUGAAAGCAAGUCUAAGAAGCGGUAGAUCGGUUCUACGUGCGCCAUUUCUACGCUUCCUGUUCUGAAUUUUCCUUUUGACGUCUUUGACGUUCUGUUUUGUACACCAGCUUCAAACAGCUGAAAAUGCAAUAUUUUUGAUAUUGGAAAAUAUACUUAGUGGCGGUUUAGAUGGUACAACGAUUCUCCACACUAUGACUGCUUGUUUUGUCACAUAAACUGAGAUUAGGUGAAUUAUUAGAAUUUUUUGCAGCUAGGAAAUGGCGGUACAAUUUCUGCCCGUCUUUAAUUUUUACUAAUAAAUAUUCCCCAGGAACUCUUUGUUGCUGAGGUAUUGACAUGAUUGGUUACCUUGUCCUAUAAUAAAGACAAUAUGUCUUAUUUUGCUCCAGCCAGACAAUGAUUACCUCAAGGGAAAGGACCUAGUCAGUUCAUUUAACCUGUUUCCAGGUUGCGCUAAGCUAGUUCUGUAACACCAUCAGUAUGAAUUUUCUUUGUUGUGAUCUAACAACUGAUUCUGUCUACCAGGCGACUAAACAGCACACAGGGAGAAAUCAGAGUGGGGCCCAGUCAUCAAGUAAGUCGUCUUACACUUAUUAUUAAAGUAGCUGUCCAGUGUUUACAGAUUCCUAUCAAAAAAUAUGACCUGUAAUUAAUUACAAUAGGAGUGAAAUUGUAAACGUUUCCCAACAUUAUCCUAUUAGAGAUGUAUAAACCAGAGUGAUUUGGGAUAUUUGCUCAGACAAGCCACUCUGUUAGAUUGCGAUGAAAAGGAUCUGAAAGCUGAUAUUUCACAGGCUAGACUUGCGGUGCUAUUUGUAGUGUGAUUGACACCAUCUCUCAAUCCCUUUCUCCUCCCUCCUCCUCUUUUCUCUCUCCCUCCCUCUCUCCCCCCUCUGUCUUCCCUCCCUCCUCCCUCUCCUCUCUCCUCCCUAAUUAGGCCAAGCUUCCCGAGCUGCAGCCCUUCCCUUCCGAGGCCCCGGUGGGCCUGGGUCAUGUGACCGAGAAUGAGGAGCUGGUGUGGAUGCCAGGGGUCAACGACUGUGACCUGCUCAUGUACCUCAGGGCUGCAAGGUGAGACACGACCUCUGUCCCUACUCUUUCUGGAAAGAUAAUCCAAUACCCUCCGUCAACUUGCCUCAAGGCUGCUAGGUGAGCUCAGGAGACAUGACCCUGCUCCAUGUCAGAAGGGAAUAGUCCUAUACCCGCUUCCCACUGUUUAAAAAAAAAAUAUAUAUAUAUUUUACCUUUAUUUAACUAGGCAAGUCAGUUAAGAACAAAUUCUUAUUUACAAUGACGGCCAAACCCAGACGACGCUGGGCGAAUUGUGCGCCGCCCUAUGGCACUCCCAAUCACGGCCGGUUGUGAUACAGCCUGGAAUCGAACCAGGGGGUCUGUAGUGACGCCUCAAACACUCAGAUGCAGUACCUUAGACCGCUGAGACGCAGUGCCUCAGACCGCUGAGACGCAGUGCCUUAGACCGCUGAGACGCAGUGCCUUAGACCGCUGAGACGCAGUGCCUUAGACCGCUGAGAGGCAGUGCCUUAGACCGCUGAGAUGCAGUGCCUUAGACCGCUGAGAUGCAGUGCCUUAGACCGCUGAGAUGCAGUGCCUUAGACCGCUGAGAUGCAGUGCCUCAGACCGCUGCACCACUCGGGAGCCCAUGUAAGCUGGACUGUGCUGGCCUGGUUACCAGCCACCAAAGUGUUGAACAGGGCCAAGAGUCCUAGAUGUAUUGGAAGGUUCUUGCUGUAUAAAAUAUAUUAAAAAGAUGAUUGAUCUUACAAAGAAUAGCUUUUAUAUCUGUCUAAGAUGACUUGGAAGUUGGAAAUGCAGUUGUAUUUACUUUCUCUCUGUGACUUGCAACGUAGCUUGUUUUUGAUUAGCAGAAGUUUCUUUAAAAUGUCCCGUUCUCUGUGUGUUCUCCAGGAGCAUGGCCGCCUUCGCUGGGAUGUGUGACGGAGGUUCUACAGAAGACGGGUGUCUAGCAGCCUCUCGAGACGACACCACACUCAACGCACUGAACACGGUGAGUAACUACACAACACAAGCCUGCAUCAGUACACCUCUGACAGACUGGCAAGAAUCAAAUCCAAAAUACAUUUGAUAAAGAUGCGAGUUACCUUCUCAUGUUCACCAAAACUACACUGAACAGAAAUAUAAAUGCAACAUGUAAAGUGUUGGUCCCAUGUUUCAUGAGCUGAAAUAAAAGAUCCCAGACAUUUUCCAUAUGCACAAAGAGCUUAUUUCUCUCAAAUGUGUUUACAUCCCUGGUAGUGAGCAUUUCUCCUUUGCCAAGAUAAUCCAUCCACCUGACAGGUGUGGCAUAUCAAGAAGCUGAUUAAACAGCAUGAUCAUUACACAGGUGCACCUUGUGCUGGGGACAAUAAAAGGCCACUCUAAAAUGUGCAGUUUUGUCACACAAUACCAUGCCACAGAUUCCUCAAGUUUUGAGGGAGCGUGGAAUUGGCAUGCUGACUGCAACGUCGUUUUAGAGAAUUUGGCAGUACGUCCAACCGGCCUAAUAUGGUAGAAAUAUAUAUCUAAUAUGGUAGAACUAUAACUAAUAUGGAAGAACUAUAACUAAUAUGGAAGAACUAUAACUAAUAUGGAAGAACUAUAACUAAUAUGGUAGAACUAGAACUAAUAUGGCAGAACUAGAACUAAUAUGGUAGAACUAGAACUAAUAUGGUAGAACUAGAACUAAUAUGGUAGAACUAGAACUAAUAUGGUAGAACUAGAACUAAUAUAGUAGGACACGAACUAAUAUGGUAGAACGAACUAAUACGGUAGAACUAUAACUAAUAUGGUAGAACUAUAACUAAUAUGGUAGAACUAGAACUAAUAUGGUAGAACUAGAACUAAUAUGGCAGAACUAGAACUAAUAUGGUAGAACUAGAACUAAUAUGGUAGAACUAGAACUAAUAUAGUAGGACUAGAACUAAUAUGGUAGGACUAGAACUAAUAUGGUAGAACUAGAACUAAGAUGGUAGAACUAGAACUAAUAUGGUAGAACUAGAACUAAUAUGGUAGAACUAGAACUAAUAUGGUAGAACUAUAACGAAUAUGGUAGAACAAAUAUGGCAGAACUAGAGACCCAGGUUAGUAGCACUUCCUCUGCUUCAUCAUAAAGAAGAAACCAGGCGUCUGACACUUCCGAUGUAUCAUGCUUGAUCAGAGCUUUGACCCUUGCUUUCAAAAUGAAUCUAGACCAGAGGAAGCAAAGAAUUAACUGAAAUCAUCCUAAACAGUGUAUUUAUAUUCAGACUCUAUAAACCAGAGAAUGACCAUCGCUAGCAGGUCACUGUCUCUCCUCCCUAAACUAAAUUUGCUAUCCCAAUGUGGCAGAGUUUGUAUCUCUGUGAUGACUGUUUUAAGUAGAGCUUGAUAUCUCCUUAGACGUUUAACAAAUAGAGAAAAUUGAAUAAAAAAUGCUACUUGUUUGUGCAUGCAUAUCUACACUAAACAAAAAUAUAAAUGCAAAAUGCAACAAUGUCAAAGAUUUUACUGAGUUACAGUUCAUAAGGAAAUCAGUCAAUUGAAAUAAAUCCAUUAGGCCCUAAUCUAUGCAUUUCACAUUACUGGGAAUACAGAUAUGCAUCUGUUGGUCACAGAUACUUUUUUUUUAAAGGUAGGGGCGUGGAUCAGAAAACCAGUCAGUAUCUGGUGUGAGCACCAUUUGCCUCAUGCAGCGUGACACAUCUCCUUCGUAUAGAGUUGAUCAGGCUGUUGAUUGUGGCCUGUGGAAUGUUGUCCCACUCCUCUUCAAUGGCUGUGCGAAGUUGGUGGAUAUUGGCGGGAACUGGAACACGCUGUCGUACACGUCGAUCCAGAGCAUCCCAAACAUGUUCAGUGGGUGACAUGUCUGGUGAGUACACAGGCCAUGGAAGAACUGGGACAAUUUUCACUUUCCAGGAAUUUUGUACAGAUCCUUGCGUCAUGGGGCCGUGCAUUAUCAUGCUGAAACACGAGGUGAUGGAUUUGAAUGAAUGGCACGACAAUGGGCCUCAGGAUCUCGUCAUGGUAUCUUUGUGCAUUCAAAAUUGCCAUCGAUAAAAUGCAAUUGUGUUCGUGCCAUCGAUAAAAUGCAAUUGUGUUCGUUGUCCGUAGCUUAUGCCUGCCUAUACCAUAACCCCACCGCCACCAUAGGGGGUACUCUGUUCACAACGUUGAUGUCAACAAACGUCUUGCCCACACGACGCCAUACACGCUGUCUGCCAUCUGCCCGGUACAGUUGAAACCGGUAUUCAUCUGUGAAGAACACACUUCUCCAGCCUGCCAGUGGCCAUCGAAGGUGAGCAUUUGCCCACUGAAGUCGGUUACGACGCCAAACUGCAGUCAGGUCAAGACCCUGGUGAGAGCGACGAGCACGCAGAUGAGCUUCCCUGAGACGGUUUCUGGAAGUUUGUGCAGAAAUUCUUCGGUUGUGCAAACCCACAGUUUCAUCAGCUGUCCGGGCGGCAGGUCUCACGAUCCCGCUGGUGAAGAAGCUGGAUGUGGAGGUCCUGGGCUGGCGUGGUUACACAUGGUCUGCGGUUGUGAGGCCGGUUGGACAAACUGACAAAUUCUCUAAAGCGACGUUGGAGGUGGCUUAUGGUAGACAAAUGAACAUUAAAUUCUCUGGCAACAGCUCUGGUGGACAUUCCUGCAGUCAGCAUAGCAAUUGCACGCUCCCUCAAAACUUGACAACUGUGGCAUUGUGUUGUGUGACAAAACUGCACAUUUUAGAGAGGCCUUUUAUUGUCCCUAGCACAAGGUGCACCUGUGUAAUGAUCAUGCUGUUUAAUCAUCUUCUUGAUAUGCCACACCUGUCAGGUGGAUGGAUUAUCUUGGCAAAGGAGAAAUGCUCACUAACAGGGAUGUAAACACAUUUGUGCACAACAUUUUAGAGAAACAAGCUUAAUGUGAUUAUAGAAAAUUUCUGGUAUCUUUUAUUUCAGCUCAUGAAUCAUGGGACCAAAACUUUACAUGUUGCGUUUAUAUUUUUGUUCAGUGUAAUGUGCCCAACAGUCAUAGUUUAUAGAUGCGUCAAUGCCUUAUUUCCUGCAUGUUACAAUAAAUGUUUACUAUAUAUAAAAAGUAUACAUCAAAUUUUGUUUUUUUUUCAAACACUGAAUAUUGAUCUGAAGUGUUGGUUUGCUCACCCCCAGCUUCACGAGAGCAGUUAUGAUGCAGGCAAGGCCCUACAGCGCCUGGUCAAGAAGCCUGUUCCCAAACUCAUAGAGAAGUGCUGGUCAGAAGACGAAGUGGUAAGACACUUAUUAUUAUAUUAUUUGAACAUUACAACAUUUCACCUUUAACUUCCAGAGAGGACAUGUUUACAUCAGAGCUGGGUUCAAAUAA